UUUAAUACCACCAUUGUUAUCGGGAAAUUCCAAACUUUAAUAAAAAAAAAAAAAAAAAAAAAUUUGUAAUUUUUGAGAUUUUUUACGAAGUGCUCCCCUUAAAUUGUUUAGUCAGUGGUAAUAGAACAUAUUACAAUUUAACCUCAAUUUCACUAUGUGUGAAUUGAGUAAUGUUCAGAACUCAACCUUAAGCUUUAUGGAGCAUCCAUAAUUCAGGGAUUUUAAGAAUAUGCUUAAUUCGACCAUAUCAGAUUGAUUCCAUACAACAAUUUAAGAUUGUUCGCAAUUCAACUUUAUUCUCAGAGGUUAUGCAAGUAAGAUUAUGGUUCUAACUUAAGAGAUAACAAUUGUAAAAAAAAUUAAAACAGUAUUUUAUGAUGGAAACAUACCUGUCUGAGUAUGUACACCAAGUGGUUGUUACAAAUGCAGAAACUAAUGCGAAAUAUCAUGGAAACAAAUAUGUCACUUCUCAUCUGACUUAUGAUUGGCAAGAAAUUGAAAAAGAACUGGGAGGUAUAAUCGAUGACUUAGAUAUACUAGACCAACCUGAAGUCUGGUAUCUGACCCAGACUCGAGUCGUGUGGGAGGUAGUGCACUCCGCUGCAGCGGCUGUCACUGCUUCUACUAGCCAUGAGAGAGAUAACUUGUGUCAGCUUUGUGAUUGGGUGUGCUGCCAACACGAUGUGACCAAAUACCUCAGCUGGACUAAUCGGGAGCCUAAGGUUGGCAGCCUGCUUGCGGCUCUACAUAUGACGGCUGCUUUAGAGAGGGCUCUUGGAAAUAUACUUUUGAUGAAGAACCAGCCUGUUCCAUUUCUGCUGAAAGACUUGCUGCAAACGGAACAGCUAAAAUUGGUGUUUAAUAAAGUGCCUAUUGUAUUCAUGCAGCUGAUACUGGGUUCCCCCAAAGGUUUCAACUUGAGGAAUGUUUUAUGGCACGGAUUUGUCACACCGGGGGAGCUCAGCACUGAUAUUGUGGAAGGAUUGGUCGUUCUAUUUGCCUCACUGGGACAGGAGCUUCAAUAUCAGGCAUUACCUAAACGUCCUCAGUUCUGCUCAUUUGAAAAAUUCCACAGUGAACUGAAAGGAGUGUUUCCUGAUCUUACAAGCCAAAGUAAAGAAGUACCUGACAUCAUAGAGACUUCUCUUUACAUUCCAAAUAAGAGCCGGGUACUCUGGACCAAAGCAUUUGAGCUUUUUCAAAACAGACAGUAUGGAGAUAGUCUGGUGUUACUGAUGCCACAAUUAGAACACUGUCUGAGGAUGAUAUAUUGCCAGGUGAAUGACUGCCCAAAUAGACUACUCACUGCAGAGUCUACCUCUCUCUACACUACCCUAGAUGAGAUCCUAGCCCCAGCUCAGCAUCCGGUGGUGGAGGAAGGCUUACUGAUGAUGCUGCUGGACUUGACAUCUAGCCUAACAGGCCCCAGGCUCAGAGACAGACUUAGCCAUGGAGAGUGUGAUCUCUCAUCAUUGCCUCAGUGGCUAGUCAACCAUGUCUUCUGUGUUGCUCUGUGUGUCUCUCACCAGCAGAAAGACGGAGAUCAUAAGUGUAGCAGUGUGCUCUGCUCUGAAUUGCAAACUGCUAGCUCAUGUUACCGCAGUAGGUUUCAUGUGAUGGCGAACCUAUCUGGACGCAUUGGCAACCUGCUGGAUAAUUGGGUGGAAUGGCAACACUGCCCCCCACCACCUGACCUUCCGGAAACCUCCAUGGAUUCCUGUCCCCAUAUUGCUACUUGGGCUGAACUCAUGUUUCACGGGGAUGAAAGAGUGGCGGAGAGAGUACAAACUGUUAGCUUCCACCUCAGGCAGCAGAAACCUCCUAUUUUGUACAGACCUCGAGCAGAGCUAGAAUUGGCUACUGCAUUGCUAGGUGUAGUAGACAAUGUUGUCCAGACAGUUGACAAAUUGAGACAUGCUGCUACAUAUCGCCACCAGAUGUGGUCUGCACGGACCUUGAGGUCUCGAGCGCGGGUGACCUGCCAGCGCAUGUGGGCUGUGCUACCCGAGCUGUGGACUGGUUUACUGUGCAUCCUCAUGAUCACUACUCGGUGCUAUCAGUCCUUGCCCUUGCUAGCUCAGCAUGCUCAGUUUGCUCACAGGUUGGUGAAGGCCAUGUGCAAGACUGUUGGAAACACUGUGACUCUGUGUGAUAUGGACAAGAACCGUUGGAAUGAGGCUCGCAGCUUGCUGUCAACUCUUGCCUAUUUUGUCAUAGGUUGGCUGUCAGAACACUCCUCUCUUCUGGGUCUUGACAAACAUUUUGAUGCAGUGUGAUGUAAACAAGAAUCAUUAGUUGAAGCUCACACUCUGCUGUCAAACUAUGGUCCACUUUAUCAUGGGUUGGCUGAGAGACCACUUGAUUCUUCUGAGUCCUGAAGAACAUUGUAACUGAUGUUAACAAGAACCUUUGGAAUGAGGUUCAUAGUCUGCUAUUAACUCUGGCCUGCUUCAUGCUGGAUUGGCUGUCAGAUCACUUGUUUCUUGUGGGAAGACCUGACUUGUUUGACACGGAAAACGUUAUUGAACUGAGGUUUGCAUCCAGCUCCACUUUUCUUUCUUCCUUACUCUUAUCCACCAGAAGGGUGGCAAUAGGGGCAGUGAAGACUAUCGACCAUUUCUCUCUCAUUUGUGUUUUAAGUUUGUUUUUGACAAUGAAAGGAAACAGGAAUUUUCUGGACAUUUGCCAUCGUUUUAGUGAUACGUUUACUGCAUCCAUUUGAAGCAGCCGACAAGAACUAUGUUAGAUGAAAUUUUGCUGAACAAUUUGAACUAAUGUAAUGCAGCUCUAAGUUUUCUAAAAUAUAAAAAAACAUUUACUAAAAAUUUAAAGACAUA